GAGCGGCAGCAGCGCCUGCAGUCACGAGCAGAGGAAUUACGUCAGAGGUGUUGGCCACGCGAGUCUGUAACGUGGAAGAAGAAUUUAUCACAGAGUGUAUGGCAUUGUAAAGCAGCUGCUGUGAAGAUAUGUAUUCAAAGAAAAAUGGCAUUCCUGACAGAUGGACAGACUAUACUGCAGUGGGUAAACGGAUACCUGGAACACGCUUCAUCGCCUUCAAAGUACCUUUAAAACAGUCUUUUAGAUGGCGUUUAGCACAAUCAGAAGUAUUUGAACCAUUUGAUCUUGUUCAUAUGUUGGAGAAGGAAGAACAAGAACUGGGUCUCAUCAUCGAUCUGACCUUCACGACACGUUACUACACAGUAGUGGAUUUGCCAAACACGCUGCACCACCUGAAGAUCUUCACAGCAGGGCAUGAAGUGCCAAACAAUGCCACGAUUCUCAGCUUCAAGAAGGCCGUCAGACAUUUUCUGCAUAACAAUGAAAACAACGAUAAGCUGAUUGGUGUUCAUUGCACACAUGGUUUGAAUCGCACUGGCUAUUUAAUAUGUCGAUACCUAAUUGAUGUUGAUGGGAUGAAGCCCCAAAAAGCAAUUAAUUUGUUUAAUGCAUCAAGAGGACACUCAAUUGAGAGGCAGAACUAUCUAGAUGACCUGAGGAAUGGGCCCAAGAGAAGUAACGAGGGAAUGGAGAAACCAGACCAAGAACCCUCCCAGGGACUAGCAAACGAGACGCGACAUGAGGCCCCUCAUCGUCGAAGGGAACAGCAUAACCAUGAUCCUCCUUACAACGGACGAGGAUUUCACCAAGGUCGCAGGAAUCCCCCUCAAUUUUUUAAUGCAGAAGUGGAGGAACCAAACAACGAACUCUUCCAGGGACUUGCAAACGAGACACGACAUGAGGCCCCUCAUCAUCGAAGGGAACAGCAUAACCAUGAUCCUCCUUUCAAUGGACGAGAAUCUCACAGGAAUCCCCAGCAUCAAUUUUUCCCAUUUCAACAGAGCAACAACAUGACGUCGUUCAGAGCACCUGAGCCAAUGUCCUUCCGUCCGCCUCUGUUUCCUCAUCCACCCCCGGGCGUGAGACUAACGAGACCCGGUUUUCCCAACCAGAGUGUCAGAGGAUUCUACUUCAGUCCUUCAACCCCAUAUCAGCCUCCACAUCGUGGGCCACGCUACGACCCAUAUGCCCCUCCUGACAGAUCGACAAGACCUCAAGGGCCUCACCGGAAACCUCGACACAAAGAUAGGACUCCUCGCUGAAGUGGAGACUUCAUCUGGUCAACCCAAUCUGCUGGACUGUGCUGUCAAUGUUAAACCAUUCUCUCUGUGAAGGAACUGUGCUUAUUCUUUAAAGAGUAAAUGGAUGUGGUCUCUCAAUGAGCUUGACUAUUUUUUAUUUUUUUUAUUGGACUCCGCUAGCUUACAAUAUUUUAAGUUUUUUUUUAGAUCUUAUCUGUUAACUUAUCUCAAGUUAUCUGUUAUUUGGUCAUUUUAUUUAGCAGAUCUAAAUCAUACACAAAAAAAAAUCAAUGACUGCUACAUAUCUUUAAUCCAUUUAAACAAAGCCCUGUUUAACUUGUAUUUAUAUUCUCAGAAGUAAACCAUUGUUUUUAGUGUUAAAUGGGCUUUCUUUUAUUAUUUUUUUUUUAAUUGUUUUCAUUUCAUGACCUGACAGUUUGUGGCUUUGACUUUGACUUUUGACUUUUGCUACAAUUGGACAUCAGCACCAUUUCUUAAGAGUUUAAUUAAAUGAAAUAUUAAACAUUAUUUCAAGUGCAAUUACAUUUGUUUUAUAAUUUCCCUUAUAUUUUACAUAUUUUAUUAAGUACAUUUUUUUAUCUGCUAAAGUAUUCUCUAGCUGAUGUAUGGUCCAUUAUUUAGGCUACAAUUCUACUGGUCAGAUGAUCUCAUUAUUCUGUGAGAACCAUGUUGAGGUCAAAUUAAUAAAAGGCUUAUUUGCUCAA